CCUGCAACCAACCCUGUUCCAAUAAUAUUAAAUGUUCAGGAGUUUAUAGUGAUGUAAAUGAAAUGAAGGAAAAUAAUAAUAUCUUUCAGAAAUGUUAGAAGGAAUUAUUUACUAUAUAGUCCUGAAUAUUUUUUGCAGUCAAAGUUGGAAGAAUCUUUCGAAAAUCCAUUGGUCAUUCAAAGAUUUCCAAUAAGUGCAUAGUAGGCAUGUGAUAAUUUCCGUCAGUAGUCAGAAAUUUGGAAAAUUCUUGAAAACCCAAAAAAAAAGUUUCUCCCUUUAACUCAAAAUUUUCAGUUAUGCGUGAAAUCGUUACUCUUCAUCUUGGACAAUGUGGCAACAAAAUCGCCCAGACAUUCUGGGAAACUAUCUGCGAGGAGCACUGCCUAAACGAGCGCGGCCAGUUUAUAGGGAAACACUUUCUGCCACUUCAACGGAUCAACGUGUACUUUGAGGAGGCUCCCUGCUGCAAUUUCGUACCAAGGGCAAUCUUUGCCGACCUGGAACCGGGUGCGAUGGUCGGUUUGAAAUGCAGCCGCUUCGGGCAGCUCUUUUCCCCGGAAAGCAUGGUCAACGGGAUGCUCGGAGCUGGGAAUAACUGGGCUCGAGGCUACCACACGGAAGGCGCCGAAAUGUUGGACAGGAUCAUGAAUGUGGCUCGGAAAAUGGUGGAAGGUUGUGAUUGUUUCCAGGGGUUCCAAAUGGUACAUUCGAUUGGCGGCGGAACCGGAUCCGGAUUGGGAACGCUGAUGAUGGAGAACAUGAAAGAUGAAUUUCCUCGGAAGAUACUCAACACUUUCAGUGUGAUCCCGUCCGAAAAGGUUUCGGAGGUCGUUGUAGAACCAUACAAUGCAGUUUUCGCUUUAAACUCCAUGACGGAUUGCAGUGAUGAAACGUUCUGCCUGGAUAACGAAGCCCUGUACAACAUAAAUAUGACAACGCUUCGAGUCGACAAACCCACCAUAGACGAUUUGAAUCACCUUAUUUCGAUGGCAAUGUCUGGCAUUACCUGCAGUUUCCGGUAUCCUGGGCAGCUGAACUCGGAUCUUCGAAAACUUCUGACCAACAUGGUACCCUAUAGGAAACUUCACUUUUUCGUACCGGGUAUUGCGCCGCUAACAUCGAAGGAAAGUCAAUGCUACAGAAGUCUCUCCGUUUCGGAGUUAGUCUAUCAAAUUUUUGAUGAACAAAACCUCAUGGCAGCUUGCUCGCCAUCCAGAGGAAAAUAUCUAACGGCUGCUGCCCUCUUCCGGGGACGAGUAUCUACCAGAAAUGUGGAAGAACAAAUCGCCAACGUAAGGCAGAAAAAUCACGGUACCUUCUCGCAUUGGAUCCCAAAUAAUGUCAAAUCAGCCAUUUGUGACAUUCCGCCUGCCGGAAUGAAGAUGUCUGCAACAUUUAUAGCGAACACCACCGCCAUCACUCAGUUGUUUCAACGGUUGCUGAAUCAGUUUGGAACCAUGUAUCGGAGGAAAGCUUUCCUUCACUGGUACACGGGAGAGGGAAUGGAAGAAAAGGAGUUUGUCGACGCCGAGCAAAGCUUGAGGGAGCUGAUCAAGGAGUACGAAAGUCAAGAAGAAGCAGGCCCGGCAGGAUCUACGAAGGGUUCGAUGCUUGAUGACGAAUAAAUUACAGAAUGUUGGUUGAAAUAAAAAGUUUUUGAGUAUGA